AUGUCCAGACCCGUAGUGCUAAAGCUUGGAAACACGCGCUUCGCGCACAAGGCGUGGGAUGAAUUGGGCCGCAUCGCAGAUGUGGUGACAGUGAAUAAGGCGGUGACGCGGCCUGAGUUCCUGCGGAUGCUAAGGGACCCUAACUCGCCCGCCUCCAGAGCACAGGUGGUCACGCGGACGUUUGCCUCAGUGCAGCAGACUGGGCUUUUUGACCGGGAGCUUGCGGAACAUCUGCCCGCGUCUGUCGUUGCUGUCUGCCAGAACGGCGCGGGCUACGACCAGAUAGACCCGGAGUCCUUCACCAAACGGCAGAUCCAGGUAGCGAACGUGCCGGGACUAGUCAAUGCACCUACAGCUGAUACCCACGUAUUCCUGCUACUCGCAGCGUUGCGGAACUUCUGCCAUGGGCAGCUGCUACUGAGGCAGGGCCGCUGGCCUGACGCACCGGUGGCUGGGACGCCGUUUGGACACGACCCGGCAGGUAAAACUGUUGGCGUCCUCGGUAUGGGCGGCAUUGGCCGUGCAGUUGUGCAGCGCCUGCGGCCGUUUGGGUUCGAGCGGAUCAUCUACCACAAUAGGAACCGGCUGUCUUCGGAGCUGGAGUGUUCCUGCGAAUACGUCUCGUUUGAGGAGCUCCUGGCGCAGUCGGAUAUCCUGUCGGUUAACGUCCCAUUGAGUAGCGCCACGCGCCAUAUGCUCGAUGCGGACGCUAUCGCUCGCAUGAAGGACGGAGUCUUGGUUGUUAACACUGCGCGCGGCCCCAUAUUCGACGAACAGGCGCUCAUCGCGGCGCUGCAGUCUGGCAAGAUCUCCGCCGCAGGCCUCGACGUCUACGAAAACGAGCCUCACGUCCCGCAAGCGCUGCUGGAGCUACCGAACGUCGUCUGCCUCCCUCACAUGGGCACGCAUACUGUAGAAUCGAUUAAAAAGAUGGAGGAGUUCGUAGUGGAAAACGUCCACAGCGUCCUGCGCACCGGCCGGGUUAAAAGCCUGAUCCCAGAACUCCGCAACGCGCCCUGGCUCGCUUCCACCGUCCCACUGAUUCCGCAGUCCGACUACUGA